AUGAAGUUCACCGCUGCUGCUCUUGUGCUCGCGGGCGCUGUAUCCUCUGUCGAGAGUGCUGUGCUUGGGGAGCGUGCUACCUACGCUGUUAAGGGUGCUGCUGAGGGUUUCGCCAAGGGCGUCACUGGUGGAGGCUCCGCCGCCUGCGCUGUCCCCUCCUCCACCACGCAGCUCAAGACCUGGCUCAGCGACAGCACCGCCCGCUGCAUCGUGCUUGACAAGGAGUUCAACUUCAAGGGCACCGAGGGCACCGUCACGGAGAACGGCUGCCGUCCUGCCUCCAACAAGUGCCCCGGCAACGGCGGCCAGGACGCCAUCAACCAGGCCAGCUGGUGCACCAACGGUAAUGCCGGCACAGGCUCCACCACCAUCAAGGUCACCUACGACAAGGCCGGUAUCAGCGGGCUCAUUGUCGGCUCCAACAAGUCCAUCAUCGGCGUUGGCUCCAAGGGCGUCCUCCGCGGCAAAGGCCUCCGCAUCGCCAACGGCGCAAAGAACGUCAUCAUCCAGAACAUCCACAUCACGGAGCUGAACCCGCAGUACAUCUGGGGUGGCGACGCCAUUGCCGUGGACGGUUCGGACAGCGUCUGGAUCGACCACAACAAAUUCUCCCUCAUCGGCCGCCAAAUGGUGGUCCUCGGCAACGGCGCCUCCAACCGCGUCACCAUCUCCAACAACGAGUUCGACGGUGUCACCUCCUGGAGCGCCACCUGCGACGGCCACCACUACUGGACCAUCUACCUGACGGGCUCCAACGACCUCGUCACGCUCAAGGGCAACUACAUCCACCACACGUCCGGCCGCUCCCCCAAGACCGGCGGCAACUCCCUCAUCCAUGCUGUUAACAACUACUGGUAUGCCAACAGCGGACACGCUUUCGACAACGGUGCGGGCUCCAAGGUCAUUGCCGAGGGCAACGUCUUCCAAAACGUCGUGACUCCUCUCCUCGAGAACAAGGGCAACUUCUUUGGAGCUCCCACCACUACUGCCAACGCUGCUUGCUCCGCCAACCUCAAGCACACAUGCCAGAUUAACGCUUUCGGCAGCUCGGGCACGCUGGGUGGCACUGACACGUCCUUCUUUGGCAGCUUUGCUGGGAAGAACGUGGCGAGUGCUGCCGCGGCGAACGCGGGUACGAUCCAGAACGGUGCUGGUAUUGGAAAGAUCUAA